AGUAAAGCGAGCUCAGAUUUCGGAGCGUACCGUGACUCAUUUGACUUUCUUUAAUGGAAUUUGCUUGUCAUUGGACUGGAUUACACUCAAAACAAUCACAUUCCCGCUAACCAAAUCGCCACAAUCCCGUCUGAAACUGGCGCAUGAAAGCCACGCUGUGCCGUGCGUCCUGCUCAAAUUGGCCACUCGCGUCGUGUGCACCGUGUGCGAUGUAGCGCGCCUGCUCACUUUCCUUCUUCUCUUUCCCAAUAAAUCUUGGAGCUUCACCGAACAGGAGGGCCUGAAGAUGAUCCUCUUCCGCAAAUUCCGCGUCCUGAUCCUGACCGUGUUCCUGAUCGCGUGCUCUUUGCACAUCAUGAUCGACUUGUUGCCGCGGCUGGAGAGUAAAGGCACCGGCGGCUGCUCCUGCUCUCACGCCGCCAGCGAAGAGCCGCGCAACUGGGCCCAGUCUCUGGGCCGAGCCGCCGCCCCAGAACCUCUACCGCCUCACAAACACACACUGAGAAUACUGCAGGACUUCAGCAGCGAGCCCGGUUCCAACGUAUCCUCACAUUCACUGGAGAAGCUCAGUCCUGCUGGGGAGAAGACGGAGGCGAAGAGGACAGGUGAGCACCGCGUCAAGGCGGGACAGGACCGGAAGCAGGAGCCGCCAGUACCGGGAAAGGAUACACACUCCAGACUCUCAGCGCUGUUCGAGCACCCGCUCUAUAAAACACCUUUACCUGUCCUCAGCGACCAGGACACACUGUUUAACGUCAACACAGACAUCAGAUUUGACCCCAAAGCAGCCGAAAACCAAGAAUGGCAUGGACAGGAGAAGAAUGGGGAGUACACCCCUCCAGGUGAGCUCACCGCAGACUCCUACCCUAACUGGCUGCGCUUCCACAUAGGCAUCAACCGCUAUGAGCUCUACUCCCGCCACAACCCUGUCAUCGAUGCAAUGCUGAAAGACCUGAUUACACAGAAAAUCACAAGUGUUGCCAUGAAAUCCGGAGGCACGCAGCUGAAGCUCAUCAUGACAUUCCAGAACUAUGGCCAAGCGCUCUUCAAACCUAUGAAGCAGACACGAGAGCAGGAGACACCUCCGGACUUCUUCUACUUCUCUGAUUUUGAGAGACACAAUGCCGAGAUCGCUGCUUAUCAUCUAGACAGAAUCUUGGAUUUCCGACGUGUUCCUCCAGUGGCUGGUAGGCUGGUAAAUAUGACCAAAGAAAUUAGAGAUGUAACCAGAGACAAAAAGUUGUGGAAAACCUUCUUCAUCUCUCCAGCCAAUAAUAUCUGUUUUUAUGGUGAGUGCUCAUACUACUGUUCCACUGAGCAUGCUCUGUGUGGAAAGCCGGAUCAGAUCGAGGGCUCUCUGGCAGCGUUCCUUCCUGACCUGGCCUUGGCCAAGCGCAAAACCUGGAGAAACCCCUGGAGACGCUCCUACCACAAGCGCAAGAAAGCUGAAUGGGAGGUGGAUCCAGACUACUGUGAGGAGGUGAAACAAACUCCCCCAUAUGACAGCGGCACUCGUUUGCUGGACAUCAUGGAUAUGACCAUCUUUGACUUUCUUAUGGGGAACAUGGAUCGUCAUCACUAUGAAACAUUUGAGAAGUUUGGAAAUGAGACCUUUAUUAUUCACCUUGACAAUGGAAGAGGAUUCGGCAAACAUUCCCAUGAUGAAGUCUCGAUUCUGGCACCACUGAGUCAGUGCUGCAGAGUGAAGAGGUCGACUCACUUGCGGCUGCAGCUGCUGGCUAAAGGGGAGUACAAGCUGAGUAUUCUCAUGGAGGAGUCGCUUCAGAAAGACUCACUGUCCCCCAUCCUUAUCCAACCCCACCUGGAGGCAAUGGACCGCCGUCUGCGGCUCGUGUUGCAGGUGCUAGCUGACUGCAUUGAGAAGGAGGGCUACAGCAGUGUAGUGGAGGACGACAUGACAUCAGAAAGCAUGGACAAAACCUCAGCUCCUCUGAGGUAGUAGGUCUGGAGGAACCGGCUUCCCGGCUUUCGAACACGUCUCAGCAGACCACAAUCUUCUCACAUGGGAAGCUCUGGAAGAUGACUUUUCUGAAUUCAGUGAAUUCCAAAGACUCUGUCCGCAAUCGGUGGACCAUGUCUGUCACGUUAAAGACAUACAUGUGGACAACGUGUGCAUCGCUGCCUGAGUAUGUGGAUAUUUCUGUCUUAAUGCAGUAUCUUUUGUUCUUGCUCUUUUUGGGCGAAGACGGACUGUUCAUUUAACAGAGGUUUCUUUUUUUAGUCAGAGAGCUUUGAGUGGAGUGCAGGUUAGCUCCAAUAUGUGUAGCUGCCAAUAAUUAUUUAUUAAGUUUUAUAUUUAUUUUCAAGAAAUUAGUUUGAACAACUUCUUAUGUCAGUCCUGAAAUGACAGGUGGGAUUCAGUGGAAGCUUUCAUGAAAUUCCAGUGUUUGUGAUAGCAUUUAGAAAGUGAUUGUUGUGUGUUUAAAAUACAUUCCUGAUAUAGCCUGUUGGUUACCAAGAAAAUCCUGCUUAAAAUCACAUUAAAGCAACCUGUAUCAUCACCUGAAGGGUGUUUUUUUUAGCAAAUCUAAUCAUAAAUAUAAUAAUAACAGCAUAUUAGAGAGGUUGCCUAAUAUCGUUCUGGGUUUGUUCAUUUAUAAGGCAAGCUGGGUUGACAUACAGAACGUACAGUAAACUAAUUACACCAUAAAUAUUAGAGGUAAAUUAUUGAAUAAACCAGCACCUUUUGUGUUUUUACCUUGAGGUUUAGCUUACAUGUAUAGCAGUGGUAUUUUGGCAAUGCACACACACACUUGCAUUGCAUUCAUCAGAGCUUUUUCAUAUUUAUAUGUUUAAUUUUAACUGAUUUACAAUAUUUUGGUGGGCUUUGUAUACACUGUGGUGUGAUUGUGCUAGGCUGAAAAGCUGCUACUUCAGAAAACUUAACAUUUAGGAUUUCGGAGCAAGCAGGGUACCGAGAUGUGCAUAGCUGUGCAUAGCCGUUCUCUCUCUCACUCAGUAGGAAGAUGACAGUCUGUCCUCCAGCUAUUAAGCAUGAACUUGUCAUUAUUUGCUAAGGUUUUUACAGUCUAAACAGAUUAUCACAUUUAUUUCCAAUAUACUUUACAAUCCUGGUCAUUGUGUAUAAGCCUUGUACUGUAUUUACUUUACCAUUACUUGCUGUCCUUUUUUUUUUUGUUUUAAUUUUUACAUGAAGAGUGAACAUGGGUGUUAAUGUACAAAGCAAAGACUGCACUAAAGCAUAUUUCAGUGUCUGCUGAAAAAGAUCUGUACAUAUUAUAUGAAUCUAUUACCUGUGCAAUCAUAGAAAUACUUGAAGAUGUGGGUUGUAUGUAAAUGGGUUACGUGACUAAGCGAUGGGAUUGCAUUGCCAAAUUAAGGUAAUUUGUUACAUCCGGUGUUCUUUGUUUUACAGUUUGUUAUAUAUUAAGUUCAAUCAGAAAUAUCUAACGUAUAAACGUUUAGAGAUGCAUAUAUACGUUUUUAAUUGCUCCGUUUCUGUGUAAGGUUUCUUUUCCAUGUCCAAGUGCAAUAAACUGACCAUUGCAGCA